GUUCGAUUUCUGCAAAAAAAUGUUGAAGCAGUUGCACCAAGCGUAUCGACACCAAUUCCAGGACCCAUUUCUAAAAAAUUGAAAGAAAAAAUGGAACCACAUCACCAAGCACCAUCGGUUCGAUUUUUUGUGGACUAUGAAAAAUCAUUUGGUAAUUAUUUGGUUGAUGCUGAUGGAAACACUCUUCUCGACGUUUAUAUGCAAAUUUCUUCCUUAUCAUUAGGUGCUGUAAGUCGACCAGCUCUUGGCUCAUUUCCACCAACUUUUUAUCCAGAUGCAAUCACCAAUGCUUUAUCAUCGGUUGCACCAAGAGGUUGUCCUGGUGUUCAAACAAUGUUGUGUGGAACGUCAUCGAAUGAAAAUGCAAUAAAAGCAGCUUUUAUAUGGUACCAAUAUAACAAACGCGGUAAAAAACCUCCAACAGAUAAGGAUCUGAAGUCAUGUAUGAAACAAGAACUGCCUGGUACUCCAAAUUUAACAGUUUUGUCGUUCCAAGGAGCAUUUCACGGUCGAUCACUUGCUGCAUUAUCUCUGACUCGUUCUAAAUCCAUUCAUAAAGUUGAUAUACCUGCUUUUAAUUGGCCUGUUGCCAAUUUUCCGCGUUACAAAUAUCCACUCGCAAAAAAUAUUCAAUAUAAUGAAAGGCAAGAUGAUGAAUGUUUAGCAAUGGUCGAAAAACUGAUAAUCGACCAUAAAAAAGCUGAGCGCGAUGUUGCUGCACUGAUUGUUGAACCGAUUCAAGCCGAAGGCGGUGAUCAUCAUGGAUCCCCUGCUUUUUUUCAAGGCUUGCGUAAUAUAACAGGAAAACAUGGAGUAGUUUUUAUCGUUGAUGAAGUGCAGACUGGUGGAGGUGGUACUGGCUCAUUUUGGGCCCAUGAACUGUGGAAUUUAAUUGACCCACCUGAUUUAGUCGUCUUUGCCAAAAAAUUUAUGACAUGCGGCUAUUUUUAUGCGGAACACCUAUCUUGCAAAGAGCCUUAUCGAAUUUAUAAUACUUGGAUGGGUGAACCGACAAAAGUAGUGUUACUUGAAAAAGCUAUUGAGAUAAUAAGACGAGAUAAUUUGUUGGAGCAAGUUCGAAUCGUAGGAAAGGCAUUGUACAAUGGACUUCUUCAGAUCGAGAAUGUUAAUAGUUCGAAAAUGAUGAAUGUCCGUGGACUAGGAACGUUUUGUGCGUUUGAUUUAUUAUCGUCGAAAAUGCGUGAUGAAUUUUUGGAAACUGCAGUUGCAAAUGGUUUGCAUAUUGGAGGUUGCGGUGAUGCAGGAGUUCGAUUGAGACCAGCACUUAUAUUUGGUGAAAAACAUUUGGAAAUUGCACUUGAUGUAAUCAAUAAAUCUAUGAAGAAACUGUGA